UAUCGAUCAGAAGACGAUUCUUACGCACAAUACAUUAGAAGAAACCAAUCUUGAAAUUCAAAGACAUUUUAAGGGGGCACCUGUCCAACACCUGCACGUAAAUAUAAAUCGCCAAAAGGAUAUCGGCGAAAAUGAGGGGAAUUGUUAUUCUAGCGUGUAUUUGUGUGGCAUGGGGUGCCCCGACCGGCGGCAAAGAUAAAGAAACACGGGAAUUAGAGGCAAUAAAGAACACAGAGCAAGAAAUCGAAGAAUUGGCGGAUCUUGCGGCAAAAUCUGGCUCACAAAAUGUCGGAAUACAGAAACAAAAGUCAUUUUCCUUCCAUAAUUCAAACGGUCACGUGAAAAGUAAAGCGAAGACGGAAAACAAAGUAUUCGACUCUCAAACGGGUGAAAUGAUAUCCGACUUGCAGCAGGAAACUAUAGGGGACGAUGGCAGCAAAGUGAAAACAAAAAUAGACAUUCCCGCAGCAAAUGUUCAUCAAAAAGUGAUUAGUGAAAAUAAACCAGAGCAGCCAAUGUCAAAAACGGACUAUGACUACUCUGAUGUUUUCAAGUUCACGCCUGCUGCAGUCGCAGAGUACUUAUUCCAGUCCGGGGAAUUUGAAGAACUCGAGGAAGCGUUGGCGGAUCUCGUUAAUUCAUCGAUUAUGACCCAACAGCAGGCGGAUACGUACAGAGAGGACGUGAGGAAAGAAUACAACCUUCUUGUUCAACAAGCGUCCAGCGCCAAUAUGAACAUGCUCAGAGGUGAACCAAACGAAAGAUUCCUGAGUGAUUACUCCACUUUAAAUGACAUCUACCGGAUGUUCGGCUACAGUGACGUCAUCCCUCACUUAGGCAUUGACGAGUUACAGAGCAAAGAUAUCAUGAGAGUUGCCUUGUCACGUGCUUCCUCUUUGAUCGAAGUCAUUAGAACGCUUAUGGAUGAAUGGCUGGCUAAAGCCACCAUGACAGGUGAUCCGGAAGCAGCCGCCCUGUUGAGCGAUAUUCUCCGCCAUGUUUCCCAGGACAGUAACCCGGAUGAUCUGUCUCAAAUGAGAGAAAUACUUUAUGAUAUUUUUGCCAAUGAGGUUCUGAACAGUCUUGAAAAACGACCUCUGGGGGAUUAUGAGGACACCCUGCUGCAAGACUCCUCAUUUCAGAGGUCCUCAGACAGAGGUGACCAUGAAAACAAGGGUCAAGUCCUGAAAACAGAGGAGAAAGAAACAAUAAAUGAAAAAGUAAAGUCUAAAGAGAAGACAGAGAAAGAAAACCAAACAACAGAACAAAGGGCAUCAAAAGAAAAACAGAUAAAGAUGUAAAAGAAGUUAAAUGUGUGAGGAAUUAUCAUUCCAAAGUGUACAACAUAUUGGUCAAAAAUUGA